CGGGAGAUCCAGGGCAGCGAUGUGAGAGAGCGUUCAGCGCUGAAGUGUGUCAAACUGACGCUGAGGCUUGACUAGAAUUUCAGGAAUAUAUCAUUUCAUUUAGCCGGACUUUUGGCCGGACAGGACUGAGACCUGCUUUGAGACGUCCAUCCUGUACGAAAGUUGUCAGAAAUCCAAGUGUCGUCUACAUUCCCUCUGUGUGCCCCACCAUGAAGAUAGAGUGAUCUGGCUCCUUGCAACACUUCUUCAAACCAUUUCCAAUGUCUGAGGACUCAGGAUCCAAACCGUACCUGCUCUCCUCCCUGGAGGGGCAGAAUGAAGCAGCCGGAUGCAGUUCAAUGGCGACGCUGCAUCGUAUGAGUAGUUUCGUGAAGGGGGCCGAACUUGGCCUGGUAUCUGAAGGUAGCGACAGCAGCCAAGACCCUCCUGCUUCACCCCACAACAGCCGGAAGAUGGCACAUUCCCUCCAUGAGGAUGUGGAGAUGAAGAGCAGCGGGUCCAGUGGGAGUGGAACUGAGUCCCAUGGUAAUGAUUCCCACGAAAAUGAGUCUCAUGGCAACGAGUCUUCUGGGAGUUCCAAUAGCCGAAGCAAGGACUCGGCACUAAUAGAGUCAUCGGGAAGUAACAAAAGCUGCAACUCUCAUAGUCCUUCGCCACCCAGCAGCAUGAAUGCCUUCAGCCUUUUGAGUGCCAGUUCAGAGCAGGACAACCCAUCUACCAGCGGCUGCAGUAGCGAAGAAUCCGCCAAGGCAAAGACGCAGAAAGAGUUGAUUAAAACUUUGAAAGAGCUGAAGCUUCAUUUGCCGUCGGAAAAGCGAAACAAGGGCAGCAAGUCGACGACGCUCAACACUCUGAAAUAUGCCCUGCGCUGCGUCAGACAGGUGGAAGCAAAUGAAGAAUACUACCAGUUGCUUAUGAAUAAUGAUAGUCAGCCAUCAGGGUUUGACGUUUCAUCAUAUACCAUAGAGGAGAUAGACCGCAUCACCUCUGAAUACACCCUCAAGAACACAGAUAUCUUUGCAGUGGCGGUGUCACUUAUCACUGGGAAGAUCGUCUAUAUUUCAGACCAGGCAUCUUCCAUUUUGAAUUGCAAACGGGACGUGUUCAAGAAUGCCAAGUUUGUGGAGUUUCUUACACCGCAGGAUGUUAGCGUGUUUUAUAGCUUCACCACACCAUACAGACUGCCGUCCUGGAGCAUGUGCACUGGUGCAGAGUCGUCACCAUCAGACUGCAUGCAAGAGAAAUCCUUCUUCUGUCGCGUUAGCGGUGGUAAAGAGUGUGAGGGAGAUCUUCAGUACUAUCCCUUCAGAAUGACUCCUUAUUUGAUGAAGGUUCAGGAUACGGAGCACUCUGAAGAUCAGUUCUGCUGCCUCCUGCUGGCCGAGAGAGUUCACUCAGGCUACGAAGCUCCAAGGAUCCCCACAGACAAACGAAUAUUCACAACAACACACACUCCCAGCUGUGUGUUUCAGGAUGUGGACGAGAGGGCUGUUCCAUUACUAGGAUACCUGCCACAGGAUUUGAUUGGCACACCUGUCCUGCUGCACCUGCAUCCCAGCGAUCGACCAGUCAUGCUUGGCAUCCACAGGAAGAUCCUCCAGUAUGCUGGCCAGCCGUUUGAUCACUCAAUUCGCUUCUGCGCUCGUAAUGGAGAGUACAUCACCAUAGACACCAGCUGGUCCAGCUUUGUCAGUCCCUGGAGCCGCAAAGUUUCCUUCAUCAUCGGCAGACACAAAGUUCGCAUGGGUCCAGUGAAUGAAGAUGUGUUUGCAGCUCCGGCCACAGCUGAGGGAAAAUCUAUAGACUCAGACAUCCAAGAGAUCACGGAGCAAAUUCACAGACUCCUGCUGCAGCCUGUGCACAACAACGGUUCAAGCGGCUAUGGGAGUCUGGGCAGUAAUGAUCACCUGCUGAGUGUGGCAUCGUCUAGUGAAAGCAACGGCAACGGAACGCGCCUGCGACAAGAGGAAGAGGAUGGCAGCAUAGCCAAACCAAGGAGCUUUCAGGAGAUAUGCAAAGGAGUUCACAUGCAGAAAAACCUGGAGCAGCAGUCCAAGAAGAGCCCUACUAAGUCUCUACAGAAAAGUCCAGUGGUUCGAGCCAAAGAUCCCGUGAACUGGAGAGGGUCUCCUGAGGAGCAGCAUGUUGCAGUGCAAGAGGAGCUGGCCUUCAAAGACCAGACCGUCUACUCCUAUCAGCAGAUUAGUUGCCUGGACAGCGUAAUCAGGUAUUUGGAGAGCUGUAACGUGCCCAUUACAAUGAAGAGAAAGUGCCAAUCCUCCUCAAACACAACAUCCUCAAACUCAGACGAAGACAAGCAGAGAGGUGUUGAGAGCUCCAUGCAAGUGUCUGAAGAGGCGGGCCAUCUAAAGAACCAACCAGGUCUCUCAUCAUUAGAUGAGUCUAAGAAGCCUCCAGGCUCUGGUGUAGUGAGUCCGUCUCUGACUCCACUCGCGCUGCCCAGUAAACCUGAAAGCGUGCUGUCCAUCACCAGCCAGUGCAGCUACAGCAGCACCAUUGUACAUGUAGGAGACAAAAAAGUCAUAUCCUCAACAAGACACAUCUCUCCAAAGCAAGAAUUCUCUUCCAAACUUCAAAAGAUCAUCGAGGAUGUCCCCAGUGCUGAAGGCACUGAAGGUCAGGGUCUCACUGUUCCUCCGGCUGCAGUCUCGCCACACAAUCAGGAGCGAGAGGCUUACAAGAAGCUGGGCCUGACCAAGCAGGUUCUGGCUGCGCACACACAGAAGGAAGAGCAUGCAUUCCUCAGCCGCUUCAGAGAGCUGCGAGGUGUGCACGCUUUCAAAGCCGACUGCUCCCUCUAUCUGGAGAGAAGAAAAGGACAAGUCGCAUCGGAGGCUGUUCCCGCUGCUCGUUCCUGUAAGCAGGGUGGUGGCGGCGCACAGGAGACCACCGGGACCCGCCGGGGUCGCAGCAAGAAGACCAAGUCCAAGCGGAUCAAGCCAAGCGAGUCUUCUGACAGCACUCCUUCAGGCCGUAGACCUUCACCCAGACCUCAGCUGCAGGGCCUCAACCAGACCUCCUGGUCUCCCUCAGACACAUCCCAAUCCACCUUCCCCAUCGCCUAUCCGGCUGUGAUGCCCACGUACCCGCUGCAGAUGUACCCGGGAGCCGGCGGCAUGCAGCCUAGGGUAGAUGCUCCGCUCUCAGGCUUUGGGGAGAGUCAGUGCAGCCAGGAUCCGCACAUCCCCAUGCAGCCCAUCCAGACACCGUAUUCGGCUCCUCUGGUCACGCCCAUGGUGGCGCUGGUACUGCCCAACUACAUGUUCCCACAGAUGGGCGGCGCUCCACGGCAGCCGUUCUACCCCAAGCAAGGAAGUUUCCCCACACAGCCUACCUUUCAACCUCAGCCUAGUUUCACCGCACAGGCGCCAUUCCCUCCACAGACUCCAUUCCCGCCACAGCCGUUUCCGUUCGCGUGUCCCGAGGAGCCCCCAAAACUGCCGGAGCCCGAGCUGAGGGAGGAGCCUUCACGAAGCCCCACCCCUCAGUCCGGGGGUGGAGGCGGGCCGCCGUCUCCGCCUUUGUUUCAGUCACGCUGCAGUUCGCCUUUGCAGCUGAACCUGCUGCAGUUAGAGGAGACUCAACGCUCUGCUGAGAGGCAAGAGAGCACGGCGCCAUCUGUUGUACCACAGGCCAACUGCAGCAGUAGUGUGGAGAAAGCAACUGACAAGGAUGUGCCACAGGAUGAAGGGUCACCUGUCGACGGUCAGUAUAGCGAUGCGUUCUCAUCAUCUAGUGACCUGCUGGACAUUCUCCCAGAGGACUCGCGCUCUGGCACCGGCUCUGCCACCUCGGGCUCCAUGGGCUCUGGGUCUAACGGCUGUGAAACGUCUGCUAGAGGCGGGUCUGCCAGCAGAACUGGAAGCAGCAACACAAGCAACAACAGCAGUAACUACUUCGCCAGUGUGGAUUCUUCCCAGAAAUCCCAUAAGGCCACGGGGCAAGGCUCUGGUUCGGGCUCUGGGUCGCUGGAUGGGAGUGAGACCCUGAUCAAGUAUGUACUGCAGGACCCACUGUGGCUGCUCAUGGCUAACGUGGACGAAGAUGUUUCAUACCAGUUACCAUCUCGUGACAUUGAGAAGGUUCUAAGGGAGGACAGGGAGAAGCUGCGGCAGAUGCAGAAAAGUCAGCCGCGCUUUACAGAAGAGCAGAGGAGAGAGCUGGUGGAGGUGCAUCCCUGGAUGAGAAGAGGUGGGCUGCCCAAAGCAUUCGACGUCAAGGCGUGUGUUGGCUGUGAAGAGGUCAGUGAAACCCUGACAGAGGAGGAUCCACCAGAUCUGCACAUGGGAGAAACAGAAAGCGGUGAUGUCACGGCGCCUCCGGCCAAUAGCAGUGAAGACUCUAUGCACUCAGAAACACAUGGCUUUCUCGAACCUGUCACCUGAACUGAACCCCUCUUUCCACCUGUAAGAAUACAGACCUCUUCUGAUCGGACAAAGCAGACAUUUUAGCAUCGAAAGAUGCUCCUGCCGCAGCCUCGGACCUUCACGAAGACUCGUUCUGUUGCUCGUCUGUGUGAAUGUGUUUGUGUGAAUAUGUACAGAUGUGUAAAUACAUGAAUGAGUGAGAGAAUAAAUCAGAGUGAAUUAAUUAUUUCCAGACAGUCUAAACUGUCUCUAAAGCCAGACUCUGAGCUGUUCAAUGACCAUUACUGUUAGAUUUUAAUAUUAAGGAAUAAUAUUUCCUUUUCAGUGUUUCCCUGACAGUUUUUUUUCACUUAAUGUGCAUAUACACAUACUAACUUAUUUCUUCUUUACAACUUAAAAAAAAAAGAAACUAUUUUACUUUUUUUUUUUCUCUUUUGAAUAGGCGUAUAAGCUCUUGAAACAGUUCUUCUGGUGUUUGAUAUUUGUGUUAUUGGAUAUGUUUCUGAUAUCCUUUCAAAUUCACAAUUUAACACUGAGGACUUGUAGUUUGUGAGCUGAUGUAUUAUUUAUUAAACAAGGACAGAUGGAACGUGCUCUACAUAAUUGGCACAAACCAAGAUAACUUAGUCGUGUCACUUUGCUUUAGCACUGGCAGCUUAUUUGAUCAGAUAGUGAGUGCGUCGAGUGCAUUAGUAGCAUUAGGUGAAUUUAUGUGAAAAGUAUUUCAAGCUAAAGAGUUUAGGUGCUGUUGUCUUGUUCAGACUGGCUGUCUGAUGGUCUGUUGCGAUGUAGUACCUCAGUGUUAAAUUUCUCCUCUUUUAUAAGCCCUAGAUUGAAUCUACACAGACAGAAGUUUUGAUCUCACCGAGAGUCCCUACCUUAACCUGUGAAAACCUGCUGUACCAUAAAUCCCCAGCACAAAAACACCUUAGGGACAUAUGGGCAGAAUGAGAUUUCAAUAGCAGGUUCAAAGAUAACACUAAUGUGGAGGUCAACUUGGCCUCUUAAGCCUUUAAUGUCGAGGAAAAAACUUUUAGCCCACGUUGUGAAUAAAUGUGCUUGUGUUCUGUCACUUUCGAACUUGUUACUAUACGGUGUUCCUUCAUGCUGAAGUGAAUUUGAAUUAAAGUCUAUUUUUUAAAAA